AUGAGACUCUUAUCAUGGAAUGUCAAGGGCAUCAAUGUCUCUGACAAAUGGUGCUUGAUUAAGUGCCAGAUUGAUGACACCAAAGGAGUUAUUUGGCUAUUACAAGAAACUAAAUGGAGCAAGGCUGAGAUUGAGGCCAAAAUGAGAGUUUGGAAACAUCAGAAUGGGUUUUUUAGGCAAUCGGAUGGAGCUUCCGGUGGCCUAGGAAUUAUUUGGAAACACAUGAAUGUUAAGAUCUCACUUGUGGGAGAAGAUAAGUAUUGGCAAUAUUGCUUGGUCACUACUCUUGGACAAAAUGAGAACUUCAAUCUCUUCAAUGUGUAUCGACCUUCUUCUGCUGGUGAUAAGCAGGCUCUCUGGGAUCUCCUAUCCUUUAAGCUAAAUAAUAAUACCGAUGGUAGUUGUGUGGUAGCUGGGGAUUUUAAUGUGAUCCUUUCUAACAUUAAGAAAAUUGGGGGUAUUCAGAGGACUGGUACAUCCCAAAAAGACUUCUUGGACUUUGUUGAGAAGAAUCAUAUCUUAGACAUUGUUCUGAAAAAUGGAAUUUUCACAUGGACGAAUUGGAUAUUGGGCUUCUCUAAUAUUGUUGAAUAG